GCUGUUUCGAAAUUUCCCCUUUGUGGCGCGCGUUUAAAAACGGCAUCUCUGAUGAAACGGUUAGGGAAAUUUGUAACGCUAAUUUAAAAUAUUUACAAAUAAUUACAACGAAUCUUAAAAACAUAUAAUAAAUGGUCUUAGAGCCCGAUACUGGGUUUUUCAAAUUUAUUUUGUUAUAUUAUGUCACACAAAAAUAACUAAAACACACAUUUUGUUCGUAUAUACUUUUUUUUAUUUUUUUUUUUAUUUUUUCGUUGCAAAGUUAAAAUGCAACGACGUACAAAAAUCACAGCAGAUACUAAAAGAAUUCAAUCGCUCAAGGCCUUGUUCAAAAAAGUGGUUCGCAUAAUGAGCCUAAAUGAUCCCUGGCGCGAAAACGAAGGUGACCCAAGGAUAACUUCAAACGUCAUGAGGAAUUUAUCCACCAGAGUGCGCACAAAAUCCAAAUCGGGGUUCCUAACUGCAGCGGACAAAUCUUUAAUUCGAACGCCGCAUGUGAUUCGAACAAUUGCGGAAAGAAGGAAAUUAUGUCAACUGUUUGCUAAGUUGACAUGUUUGGCAGGCUUCAGUCCAAAAAUUCGAGCUCGACUAGUUCCUGUGGUCCGUUUGAUGCCCGUGGACGCUGGUCGCAUUAUCAUAAGGCAAUCGGAUGCUCCUAUAACCGUGUUUUUUGUACUAACAGGGGAAGUACAUAUGAUUAAAAACCAAAAAAACCAGAAGGGAGAAGGAGUGAUCAUGGGAUUCCUUGGUGCUGGAGAUAUGAUGGGUGAUGUGGAGCUCUUGCAGGGCAUCAAACGAACUCACACCUUCAGAGCAGCAAGUGAGUUUUUAACUGAGUUAUUAAGUCAUAUUUAAUAUCUUUUAAUUAUAUUCUUUAUUCUGAGAGCUAGCACCAGCAUAGCUAACAUUCUUAUCUCUCCCAAUUAAAUCACACUUAAGUAUGAUAAGAAAGUGAAUUAGGUAAACUGGCACUAUUUGCGGCUCAUGUCGGAAUAAAUGGGAAAUACAUAGGGUCAGCACGCGAUUUGUACGAUUGUG